AUGAUUAUUCGCCCCGAAACUCCCCAAGACAUCGCCUCCAUCGACGCCCUCACUGAGGCCGCAUUCCUCCGCUCCGCCUACUCCAGUCACACUGAGCAUCUCAUUGUGCGCGCCCUGCGUCAAUCCAACCAGCUCACGCUCUCCCUCGUCGCAGAAGACGCCAGGAGAAUUAUCGGCCAUGUCGCCAUCUCGCCCGUGACGAUCCCCGACUACACCGACUGGUACGGACUCGGUCCGAUCUCAGUCCAUCCGCAGGCACAACGAAAGGGGGUGGGAUCGCUGUUGAUGAAUCAGGUUCUGGAGGAUCUGAGACAGAAAGACGCAGCGGGGUGUGUGGUGUUGGGGAAUCCUGCGUAUUAUACACGGUUUGGGUUUCGAGUCCUUGAAGGAUUGAGGAUGGAGGGAGCACCGCAGGAGUAUUUCAUGGGAUUGGCAUGGAGGGGAGAGAUGCCCCGUGGAGUGGUGAGGUUCAGUGAGGCUUUUGAUGUGAAGCAGCUAGUACCUAUCACUCCCUCCUCGCACACCCCCUACUUCACUCCCGCAAACAAUGCCGGCGCCGCCUUGAACCCGGACGACCCAAACACGCCCCUGCUCUUCCAGCCUCUACGCAUCCGCGACGUGACCUUCAAGAAUCGCAUCAUUGUGUCGCCGAUGUGCAUGUACUCCGCCGAUCCGGACCCCUCCUCAUCCACCGUCGGGGCACCCACUGACUACCACAUCGCCCACCUGGGCCAUCUAGCCCUCAAAGGCGCCGGGCUGGUCUUCGUCGAGGCAAGCGCCGUCCAGCCCAACGGUCGCAUUUCACCCUACGACGUCGGUCUCUGGCAGGGUCCCGACUCUCCUCAAUUCCACGGUCUCCAACGUGUAGUGCAGUUCGCGCACAGCCAGGGAGCCAAAGUCGCGGCGCAGCUGCACCACGCAGGACGAAAAGCCAGCGUCACGGCUUCCUGGCUCGCCGCACAAGCGGGGAAGCCGUCCCUGAAGGUAGAUGAAAGAACACAUGGCUGGCCGCAGGACGUGGUUGGACCUUCCGGCGGCGCGGAACAUACCUGGGACCGGACGGGGGAUGGAUUCUGGGUUCCUCGUGCGUUGAGUACGGAUGAGAUCAAAGAUGUGGUUCGUGCGUUUGCUACCAACGCGGCCACAGCGGUAAAGGCGGGUGUUGAUGUUAUUGAGAUCCACGCGGCACAUGGAUACCUCCUGCAUCAGUUCCUCAGUCCGGUGACCAAUAAGCGGACGGACGAGUAUGGCGGGUCGUUUGAGAAUCGUGUCCGGAUCCUCCGUGAGGUGGCCAUCGCUGUCCGAGAGGCUAUUCCUGCUGGUACGCCGUUAUUCCUGCGUAUCAGCGCGACGGAAUGGCUGGAGGAGGAGUCCGUGGCGAAGCGGUCUGGAUCCUGGGAUUUGGAAAGCUCGGAGCGUCUGGCCUUGUUACUCCCGGAGCUGGGGAUUGAUCUCCUGGAUGUCAGCUCCGGAGGGAACCACCAGGAUCAGAAGAUUCGGAUUCAUACGAACUAUCAUAUCGAUAUGGCGGCACAGCUGCGGAAGGCGAUCCGCGCCGCGGGCGCGUCCACCCUCGUGGGAAGUGUGGGAUUCAUCACGGAGGCAGAACAGGCAAAGCAGAUCCUCGAGGGACCGGACCCCAAGGCGGAUGUGGUUCUCCUUGGACGACAGUUCCUGCGAGAGCCAGAAUGGGUGAUGAACACGGCGAAACAGCUGGGGGUGAAAGUGACGACUCCUCUGCAGUUCUUACGGGCGGGUCUGAUUUAA